CAAUACGAACAAGCGAAACGUCAAACGACAAAAAUAUUAUUUUAUAAUCUGUAUAUUUGACGUCGUCGCAAUUUUGGAUUAUUUGUUUUGAAACCAAAAAUAUAAAAUAAAUUCUUUAUGUAAUGUUUUAAACAUUUUAAAUCCAAGAUGGAUGUGUUAUUAACAUUAUUGUAUCUUUUACUGUCGAUGUGUGUCGUAUAUCCGCCCAAUGAGUUUAUAUCGGCCGGCUUUACAAUAGCUCAGCUGUUCGAGAGUUUCCUCGGCUCUGAAAAUAUGAAUUUUAUUGGAUAUCACAUGAAGAGGACGACUAUUACAGCAUUAAUUCAUUCUGCUUUGCCCUUGGGCUAUAUCGUGUUUAUGUUGUGCGCUGGUGAGCGCAAUGCUUGGCUGCCAGCAGCUGCUGCGGCUACUGCUAUCAUUCCCUUGUUGAUGUGCUACCGGCUGUUAUGCUGGUGGGAAAAUGAUCAAGCUAAGCACCCAGUUGUCAAGUGUCUUUUGCCCUAUGUGACUCCAGGCAUAGACUGGAGAGUAGUCGCUGCAAAUCUCAAUGUGGAAUUCCGAAAUGUGGACAAAGUGACAAUUCAACUAAAUUCAAACAGCAUGUUCAUAGCAACGGAGACAUGGCUCAUCAAGGUGUCUCAAUACUCACUGAAUGUGUUAAAGCAGGCGGACUGCACACUUGUUGCUACUGCUACCGACAGGCCCAACCUAACACCUUCCGGCGAAGAAGAGAUCCAGUACGUGAACAUCGAGGCUAUUCCCACUCGGGAUGAUAUAGAGAGGUUCACUUUUCGCGUCACGACGGCCUCGCUACGGGAGCUGCAGCCGCGGCUUUCGCAGCCCGUGCGAGUCCCGGACCACAUCUCCUUGCUGCCGACCCUUAUCGAGAGAUUUGUUGGAGUGUUCAAGCAUUACGUCGAUCAGAAUCCUGUCUACUAUGUUGACCAGGAAUUGGAACUGUGCAUUGGAUGCAUGCAUUACACUGCUGAUGUCAAGCUGAAUCGACGCUGCCACCCACCUCCCGCGUACCUGGAGGGGGGCCCGCCGCCGUGCCAGCAGUGCAAUUGCCGGUAAGCUAUCUUGUUGUAUCGCACGACGACUUUGUAACUAGCCCAAUCUUCAGCGAUCUCUAGAGUAUCUAUACAUAUAAUAAAAUUGUAGAAAAGUGAAAACUGUACAU